AUGGAGGACAUACUGGAUGAGUAUGCCACUCAAGUUCUAGAGCGGGAAUUGAUGACAGAAGAAUCGACGAACAGAAUUGUUGAUUAUUUCUCUUCUUGGACUCCAAGUGCUCUGAUUUCCCAGGCUGAUAUGAAGUCCAAGAUAGAAGAGAUAACUAGCCGUUUAGAAGAUCUCUGUGAAGAUAAGAAUUAUCUUGGUCUGAAAGAGAUUGCUGGAGGCUCAUCUACUGUUGCAUGGCAAAGACCACCUAGUACAUCUGUGCCAACUGAACCAGCAGUUAUCGGAAGAGAUACAGAUAAAGCCAAGAUACUUGAAAUGGUGUUAAGCAAUAAACAGAGUGGUGGCAGCUUUCAUGUACUACCCAUUGUUGGCCUAGGAGGAGUUGGCAAAACAACACUUGCUCGGGAGGUGUACAACGACAAGGCAGUGGCGGAUUUCAAUCCAAGAGCAUGGGCAUGUGUUUCGGAUGACUUUGAUGUUAUGCGAAUUUCCAAGGCAAUUCUUGAUUCAAUCACUUCAUCAUCUUGUAGUCUACAGGACUUAAAUGAAGUCCAGGUUCAGCUGAAAAACAAAGUAACUGGAAAAAAAUUCCUCCUUGUAUUAGAUGAUGUUUGGAGCAGAGAUUAUGGCUUGUGGGAAACUGUUAAGUCUCCCUUCAUGGCUGGGGCACCAGGAAGUAGGAUAAUUGUGACCACACGCAACGUCGAUGUAGCUUUAACAAUGGGACAAAGUGAAUAUUUUAAGUUGGAACUUCUUUCAAAUGAUGAUUGUUGGGGCAUAUUCGAGAAACAUGUAUCUGGGAGCACAGUUGCUGUUUCAGGCCAGAAUUUGAAUUCAAUUCGUGAUAAAGUUGUUGAGAAGUGCAGAGGGUUGCCGUUAGCAGCCAGGACUCUUGGGGGUCUUUUACGAUCUAAGCAAAGAUAUGAUGAGUGGGAAGAUAUAUUGAACAGUAAAUUAUGGGAUUUACCUGAAGAAAAUGGCAUUCUAUCUGUUUUGAGACUAAGCUAUCAUCAUCUUCCUUUGCAUUUAAAAAGAUGUUUUGUUUAUUGUGCUAUUUUUCCUAAGGAUUAUGAAUUUAUAGAUGAUGAACUUAUUCUAUUAUGGAUGGCAGAAGGUCUUAUUCAACCAUCUGAAAACAAGCAUCUGGAAGACUUAGGUCAUGAGUAUUUUCGUGAUUUACUUUCGAGGUCAAUAUUUCAACGAUCAAGUAUCAAUAGUUCAAAAUAUAUAAUGCAUGACCUUAUCAAUGAUUUGGCUCAAUGGAUAUCUGGAGAAACAAGUUUUAGAUUGGAGGAUGAAUGCAGUCUCAUGUCAAUAAAAAGAUUUGAUAGAAUUCGACACUCUUCUUACACAUUUAGAGAUUAUGAAGUAAAAAAGAAUUUUGAAGUUUUCCAUAAAGUUGAGUCCCUGAGGACGUUACUGAGAAUAGUCUUGCCACUGGGGUACGGAGGAAAAACUUACGUUCCUAUGACAGUUUUUUUGAAUUUAUUGCCAAAGCUCAAAAAACUGAGAGCACUAUCUUUAACAUACUACCAUAUGAUGGAACUACCCAACUCAAUUGGAGAUCUAAGACAUCUAAGGUAUAUUAACCUUUCUGAAACCGAGAUUAAAUGUUUACCUGAGUCAACAUGUUCACUGCUCAAUUUACAAAGUUUGUUGUUGAGAAAUUGUCGUUGUCUUGAGAGGUUGCCUUCACAUGUGGGAAAUUUGAUCAAUCUACGCCAUUUUGAUAUUAGAGGGUCAAUAUUAAUAAGGGAGAUGCCAUUGGGAGUGAAAAAGUUAAAAUGUUUGAAGACACUGUCAAAUUUUAUUGUUGGUAAAGGAGGUAUUGGAUCUAGCUUGAAGGAUUUGAAAAGCCUAAAGUUUCUUUGCGGAGAGCUCUGCAUUUCACGUUUAGAGAAUGCAGUGGAUUGUCAAGACACAGCUGAGAUGAUGUUGUACGAGAAGAAGGACUUAGAAGUGUUGGUACUAGAAUGGAGUUCAUCUAAUCCCUCAGAAGAUGAAGCAGUGAAAAUUGUUCUUGACAUUUUACAACCUCAUGAAAAUCUCAAAGAGCUCACAAUCACAAAUUAUGGCGGCCAAAAACUUUCAUCUUGGAUAGGAGAUCCAUCAUUCUCCAACAUGGUGGAUUUGAAAUUGGAUGGAUGUGAAAACUGCACAACCUUGCCUUCGCUAGCACUGAUGGGCUCACUUCAAAACCUCACAAUCAGAUCGAUGGGGAAAAUAAAAAAGAUAGGUGGUGAGAUUUAUGGAGAGGGUUGCUCAAAGUCUUUUCAAUCGUUGUGGACUCUUUGUUUUGAGAAUUUGCAAGAGUGGGAGCAUUGGGACCCUGUAGAAGAAAAUGACCAUGUCCAAAGAUUUCCUUGUCUGCAGAAGCUUUCAAUUUAUCAAUGUCCUAAACUCUCUGGAAGAUUACCCGAUCAUCUCCCUUUUUUGGAUAAUCUUGUGAUUGAUGAGUGUGAGCAGUUAGUGGUUUCAUUUUCAAGCCUUCCAAUGCUCAGAUCUUUAGAAAUAAAUAGAUGCAAAGGCAUGGUUUGUUGUAGCCCUGUUGAUUCAGAGGCCCUAAACCCCAUGAGUACAGGUGGAGAAUCAAACUUUCCAGUGUUUAGAAGUUGGUCAAGGGAGGGAUUUCAGAAACUAGAACAUCUAUCUAUUGUUGGCUGUGAAGAGCUCAUACAUUUAUGGCCAAAUAAGAUUUGUACAGAGAAUGCACCACAAGAGUUGAGUUGCUUCACCUUCCUUCAAGAGCUGCAUUUAAAAGAGCUCCGGAAUCUUGUUUCGUUUCCAGAUGGGUUACUUUCAAUCUUGAGCAGAGUUACUAUCAGGCAAUGUGACGCCUUAACAUCCUUGCACGAGGGGUUGAAGCACAGCAAUGCACAUCUCAAGUACUUGGAGGUUUAUGACUGUCCUUCUCUAACAUUCAUUGUGAGAGGCCGUUUGCCUUCAUCUCUAAAAGAGCUUUCUAUUAUUAGAUGUGAAAAUUUGGUGUGCGUUUUGGAUGAUAGAGAAGAUACUUGUACUUCUUCUCCAUCUUCUUCUUAUUCACUGGUACACAGGGACGACGUGGACAACACCAGCACAUCUCUUCUCUGCAAAUUAAGAAUAGUGGAAUGCCAUUCUUUGACGCAUUUAUCCUCAACAGACCAGUUACCUUCAACACUUGUGGAGCUUUCUCUUGCAAACUGUUCAAGUCUCAGAACCUUGGGACAGUUAUCAAAGAGACUUGUGUCCCUUUUUAUUAACAACUGCCCAAAGUUAGAGUCUCUAGCAUCUGGGAGUUUUGACUGUAACAUGCCUACUGAGGUUCUUACAAUCAAGGAAUGUGAAAACCUUAAAUCCAUUCCGGAGGGCUUACACACUCUUUGCAAACUACGUUUUCUGAUUAUCAGUGAUUGCCCAAGUCUUGUUUCGUUUCCAGAAGAUGGGUUUCCUGACACUGAUUUACUAGUAGAGAUCUUUGGGUGUGAGAAACUACAAGCCCUACCUAGCCGCAUGCACACCCUCAAAUCUCUUCAAAAGCUAUUCUUAUUGCUUUGUCCUAAUAUCGAAUCCAUUACAGCAGAAGAUUUCCCCUCAAACCUAAAAUCACUUGCACUUCCUCUCAGUAUCUACAAGCCGCUGGCUAAGUGUGGUUGGCACAAACUUACCUCUCUUAGAAGGCUCAUAAUUUUGGGAUUAUCUUUUCCAGAGGAGGAGAUCAUAGAAAUAAAGUUUCCCACCUCUCUAAUUGAUCUGAGGAUUUUUAAUUUCUCGAAAUUGAAAUACCUAUCUUCCAAAACUUUCCAAGUUCUUACAUCUCUUGAAUAUUUGGGUUUCAAUGAUUGCCCAAAUCUCACAUCCUUGCCACAUCUUCCAUCCUCACUUUUGUGGCUAUAUAUUUAUAAUUGUCCUUUAAUAGAAAAACAGUGCAAAAGGAAUGAAGGACAAGAAUGGUCCAAGAUAGUUCACAUCCCUCGCGUUAGCGUAAAUCAUGAACUCAUCUAA